UAUCUGCCUUUUUUGACAUUUUGUGUAUGUGAGCGAGAGUGUGUGUUUUAGGGGGGGCAGUGAUGUCAUAACUGGAAGAGGGAGCGAGGGGAGGGGAGGCUAGUGGGCUGACUUCUCCCUCGGCGUCUCUGCUUCCCCAGCCAGCCCAGAGUAACACCCAGCCUGCCUCACUGCUAGAGACUACUACACAGUGGGCUCUUCAGAGCACAACACACUCUCACACAAACACACCGGCGAAAACACACACACAGGUGCUCCGGACCAGCUGUCCUUUGUAAAGCGAGCAGUAGAUUCCAGCAGUUUUUUUAUCUGUCUGAACGGUGCAGAGAAGAGUGAGAAUGCCUUCACGAAGCCUAGACUGUGAUAUCUCUGUCCUCAUCGCCUGUGUGGUGGACGUUGAGGUGUUCACCAGUCAGGAGGUCAAGGAGAUGUUCGAGGCCCUGUUCCUGGCCUACGAUGAGCGGGUGACGUUUCAGCUGUUCAAGAGCUUCCGGCGUGUCCGCAUCAACUUCAGCAACCCCAAAGCAGCCGCCAGCGCCAGGAUAGAGCUGCACGAAACGCCCUUCAGAGGCAAGAAGCUCAAACUCUACUUUGCCCAGGUCCAGAACCCAGUAUCAGAUGGUGAUAACCUGCACCUGGCUCCUCCCCAGCCCUCUAAACAGUUCCUCAUCUCCCCUCCCGGCUCGCCGCCCAUUGGCUGGCAGCAGAUAGACGAGACCACGCCCGUCAUCAACUACGACCUGCUCUAUGCUGUGGCCAAGCUGGGCCCCGGAGAGAAGUUUGAGCUGCAUGCUGGAACAGAGUCCACCCCCAGUGUUGUUGUCCACGUCUGCGACAGCGACACCGAGGAAGUGGAGGAACCAAAGAAUUGCCCCAAACCAAAAAUCAUCCAGACCCGACGCCCUGACCUUCCUACUUCCCACUGAACUCUGUCAACCCUGCCACUUCCUGCCGUAACAUCAUCAUCUGGUGGAAGGAGAAUCGAUCCCCUGUCUCUCUCUCACAGGAACAAUCCCCAUGUUCAGCACUCCCCACCCUACGGCCGCCUCGCCCGGGCCAGAAGGGGAGUGCUCUCUGUUGAUGUGCUACAUGUAUGAUUGUGUUGGCAAUACUCCAUAUACUUACAUCAAGAUUCAGCCACCGUACCCUCAGUGAUUGGUUCCUGUCUGUAUGAUUCUGUUGUUGUAAUGUCACACAGUUUGAAGUGAUGGGGCAGCACCUUGCUUUGAGCUCGGCCUCUGAUUGGCUUAGGGGUUGUGGCGAAUGCCAGUGUAAAGAAGCCCAUUGGUCGCCUUUAUAGACGUGUGUUAGCAUUGCUCUCGCUCCACUGCGUAUGUACCCCAAGCACUGACGAUGAAUAGCGCUUCUCUCAUUAGGGCAUGCUAGCUACUGAGGUGGUGGGAUGACUCUGGCGCUGCAUGAGUUGAAGUAACCUGAAGGAGCAUUCUGGUAAAUGGUCAACACUUUGUCUUAUAGUCCCCUUAAAGUUGGGUUAUUCAUCGUGUUAUCAGUGCUGUCUGUCGACCAUGGGAAUUCUUUCAAUCUCGCCAAUGCAUGCACUGGUCUGAUCUAGUUUGUGUGUUUACUUUGUUCUGUUUUCUGUAUGUAGCUGUCAAUUUGACCUCUCUUCUCUCUUUCGCUAACUUCUCUCUUUUAUCUCCCUGUGUUUUCUGGCUACCGGUGUCCUUCGCAGAAAACAAGGCUAAUAACAGUUACAAAUCCAUGCACCUUACAGGGAAAGCAUUAUGUACAAUGACAUUUCUGUGAUUGUCGCUCAGUGUGAAUUUUUCUGUGUCCAUGUCUUGUCCCUGAAAGUCUGUUUCGAGACAAAGAGGAGUAGUAAGAAAACAAAAGACAAAAACAUAACAAAGAAAAAAUGGAAUGCCUGGUGGCCACCUUCUUCCUCAUUGGCUGAACUGGAGAGCCAAUCAUAUAUCAUCACGUGAAGCCAGUCUAUAAAGUGCAUGGUUACGUUUUUAUAGAGAUAUUGUGUUGUCUGAGAACCGUGGCUCAGUCAUUUCCUCGUGUUUCCUUUAUGUGCCUCUGUAGGGAGCGAGAAAGAAACAUUUAUUCAAACUCACCACGAAGAAAAUAAAUGCAUGAUGACGAUCCUGAGAGGAAAAAAAUAAUGUUAUUAUAGAGUUAUGUUACACAAAUCUUCCAAGUGCUAUUACACAGUUUCUGUCCAGAUGGUCAAGGGGAAUUACAUACUGUACUCACACACACAACCAUGUUUGUUUUCCUUUAUUGUGUGUUUUGUUUUUCCUGUGUUGGUUCGAUGAAUGUCUUCUUGGUGUGCCUGAUUGAACUUAUAGGCAGUAGAACAAGCCCUGUACAAAUUGGACCUCCCUGUCUAUUUGUGGAGAACUGGCGGUGUGAUCAAUUUUCUAUUGUCCAAACUAUUGACCCUUCCUGUUUCAGACAUUGCACCUACACUCUGAUUCUACAUUACUGUGACCCACUGAUUCAACCCUGGGUGCUUUUAUACACUAACGCCUCACUCUAAACCCUCACUGUAACCCCUCACUGUAACCCCUCACUCUAAACCCUCACUGUAACCCCUCACUGUAACCCCUCACUCUAAACCCUCACUCUAAACCCUCACUGUAACCCCUCACUGUAACCCCUCACUCUAAACCCUCACUGUAACCCCUCACUGUAACCCCUCACUGUAACCCCUCACUCUAAACCCUCACUGUAACCACUCACUGUAACCCCUCACUCUAAACCCUCACUGUAACCCCUCACUGUAACCCCUCACUGUACAUCAUUCUAAUCCCCAUCUCUGAUAACGAUGGCUCAAAUGACCAGAUUUGAUAACCCAGUUCAAAGUGCACUAACUGAAAUGAUUGUUUUAUUCCAACCAGCUCCAGUAGGUUGUAGUUUAAUUCCAACCAGCUCCAGUAGGAUGUAGUUUAAUUCCAACCAGCUCCAGCAGUUUGUAGUUUAAUUCCAACCAGCUCCAGUAGGAUGUAGUUUUAUUCCAACCAGCUCCAGUAGGUUGUAGUUUAAUUCCAACCAGCUCCAGUAGGAUGUAGUUUUAUUCCAACCAGCUCCAGUAGUUUGUAGUUUUAUUCCAACCAGCUCCAGUAGGAUGUAGUUUUAUUCCAACCAGCUCCAGUAGUUUGUAGUUUUAUUCCAACCAGCUCCAGUAGGAUGUAGUUGAAUUCCAACCAGCUCCAGUAGGAUGUAGUUUUAUUCCAACCAGCUCCAGUAGGUUGUAGUUGAAUUCCAACCAGCUCCAGUAGGUUGUAGUUUUAUUCCAACCAGCUCCAGUAGGUUGUAGUUUUAUUCCAACCAGCUCCAGUAGGUUGUAGUUUUAUUCCAACCAGCUCCAGUAGGUUGUAGUUGAAUUCCAACCAGCUCCAGUAGGUUGUAGUUUAAUUCCAACCAGCUCCAGUAGGUUGUAGUUGAAUUCCAACCAGAUCCAGUAGGUUGUAGUUUUAUUUUACCUGCAAUAUUUUCCUAUCUGUUAUUGUAUAACAUUUGCAUUCAUUCUAAUUGAUAUUUUAAGCAGAUCAAAUGAUGUUGGUAAUAAUGAGCCACUAUCCUUGUGGAAGUCAUAGACUUCAAAUGAAAUUGAAUACAGGCCCGCUCCUAAAAGGUUUGAAUCAUGUAUUGUGUAUGGUGCAUAUCAAAUGUUUACAAUAGUGUAUUCCUCUUCCUUGUUUUAUUUCAUACACGCUGGCUUUAAGACACUGUUCCCUCACUAUAUGGUCAGAUGAACCAGACACAACACAUGCCACCGUCCCCAGGUAUGUACUACAGCCACCAUUACUACCCUCAAUGAGGUGACUUGUAUACAUGCAAUGGUUUUUGUUCUGGACGUGGGGGUCUUUCGCCUAGACCUCGGAUCUGUUGAAUCUGCGCUACAAUCUUGUCCUGCAGUCAUAUUCCUCCAAACGUAAACACAAUAGACACUAUGUAUCUGUGUAUGAUUCAGCAUGUCCCGAUAUUUGUAUUUUAUUUUCAAAUUAAAAUCAUUAUAUUAUUAUCUGUUUCUUCUAAGAGUCAGUUGGAUUGGAAGGGAAUAUCAGUGAUGGAGGUAACCAAUAUGUGUAUUGUGUAAAAAUAGUGUAUGACCAUCAAUGUACUUGUCAUUCUACAUGUAACUUUACAACAACCUGCCUGCCUACACUAAGGAGACAUAUCUGUAUAUAUUAAUCAAUACUAUUUUUACUGCAUUUUUGUACAAAUAUUCAUGGUAGCCAUGUACAAGUAGUUCAAAUGAUUCUAUGGUAGUAUUAAAAUAGUUUGGUUUUAA